AUGAAGCUCUCCAACAUUCUCACAGCCCUCACCACCCUCCUCCCCCUCGCCACCGCCGACUUCCACGUCCUCACCGGCCCCUGCACCAUCUCCCCCGGCUGGGGCGGCGAAAUCGAGAGCGACGUCGUCGCCUGUCCCUCCAACUACUACAACUGCGACUGCAUGCUCUGGGGCGACCGCGCCGGCUACCUCAGGGCAGGCGACACGCCCGUCGACGGCAUCACGACCACGAAAUCGACGUACUUUCAGCUCUCGGGCAUGUGCGGCGUGGGGAACAUGGACUUUUACAAACAGGGCGAUGGGACUUGGUUGUUCUAUAUUGCUGGUGGUGAUGGGAGCGUGAAGGGAACUUGCUAUAAAGGCGAUAAUAGCAUCCACGAUUGCUUUGGCAGACGAGGGCCCGAUGUGGUCAUCUAUUCACAACUUUGGCUCGGCGCAUUCACAAUUGUCUCAAGAGGUAAAACAAGUCAUGCCUGA